AAAGAUGGGUUACGAGGGUAAGUAUAAGGUUUGCUAAUGGAAAAUGAGAGAUUGACCCCACACGAAGACUUAAGUAGACAAAAAGUUUGGCCGAUCAAGACACACCACUAUACAUCAAUAGAUACGUAUAUGUAAUGCAGAAAUGAAUGUGAAUAUGUUUGAAAAAAUGGACAAGAGAGAGAGAAGGUAAAAGAACAAGAGAGGAACAAGAGCAUGUUAUGGUAAUGAAGGACCCCCCCACCUGCAUUCAGUGCUUGUCUUUCUCUCUUUACUCUCUACAUUAACUUUCUUCUCACUACAAAUACUCCUUCCCUCUUCUCUUCUCUUCUCUUACACUUACAUUUGAAAAUAUAUUCGUCUUGCCACAUUAUAUAAGUAUUUAAGGAAAAAGAAGAAAAAGAGAGUCAUGUCUUGGUCUGUGAGGAGUGGAUUUGGGUUGGUAUUCUGUUUCAUUCUUCUGCUUUUGGCAUCCAAUGUUGGAUGUGCUAAUGCUCGUCGUCUAGGAUUUCACAAGCAUCAUCACAAGAUCCAAAAGGUUGCUUCUUCAGUACAAGACGUUGUCAAUGGUGGAGGGAGGAAGAGGGCUUUGGGUGGAGUAGAGACGGGGGGAGAAGUAGUAGUCAUGGAUUAUCCUCAGCCUCAUCGCAAGCCUCCCAUUCACAACGAGAAGGCUCACUGUACCUCUCUCUAUACAUCAUAUGAUCACGAGACUGUUACAUGCAUAUGCAUUCACCAUGACAUUCUUGAACUAUAUUCAUUACCAACUUCUUUUAUUCUCGCUUCCUUCGUUCUAUAAAACAAACAAGCUGCACCUCUCCCUUAUAAAUAUACUGUAUUUCAUGUGGAAGUAGCUUUAGUAGUACGUAACGAACAUUCUUCUGCUUAUAAUAUACUGUAUUUCAUGUGGAAUGAGCUUACUUUAGAACU